UCGUGCGUCGAAUGCGGGUUAGUGGGGCACGGACGUCGCGACGCCGAGCGUCGACGUCGCUCUCCUAUUGCCAGCUCGAUCCUCCCGGACACGUCUUCUGCCCGGAAACUUUUAUAGAAGAUGCUUCUCCGGUAUCGCUUAACCAGGCCAGUGAAAUAUCCGAAAUUAGUGUAAUUUUUCUUUAUAAAACUACCCAUGGGACACGUGGAGGACCGCAAAAAUGGCUAUGAUCAGAUGUUGCUUCGAGACAGAAGUGCCGGACGUCUUCGAGUCUGUCAUACAGAAGUGCACUGACCCUGGCUGUUGUUGCUGGUGUUGUUCUGCAUUACGACCACGAUAUAAAAGACUCGUUGACAAUAUUUUUCCAGUGAAUCCACAGGUAAACUUCAUUAUUAUUUAUCUAUUAUACAGUAAUAUGACAUUUUUCUAUUUCUUUUCACAUUUAAGUAAUAACAUUAAUACAAUUAUCUGCAUUAAUAGGAGGAGAAAUGGAUUUGUUGUUAUUGCUAUGGAAGCAAUGGAUAUUCUUUUACUAGCGUGUCAUGCCCAAACAUUAAAUUUAUUUGUUGAAAGUUUUUUAAAAAUGAUACAGAAGUUGUUGGAAUCAACGGAUCCAGAGUUACAAAUAUUAGCAACACAAUCUUUUGUCCGAUUUGCCAACAUCGAGCAAGAUACGCCGUCUUAUCACACACGUUACGAUUUCUUUGUAUCAAAGUACUCUGCAAUGUGCCACUCCAAUAACGAUGACCCUGCGAUCCGUAAGCAAAUACAACUUGCAGGAAUUCAAGGAUUACAGGGUGUCGUAAGGAAGACACUUUCAGAUGACUUAGUUGAAAACAUAUGGGAACCUGUUCACAUGGAUAAAAUAGUUCCUUCGUUAUUGUAUAAUAUGCAAAAUUCGAGGUAUUCUACUAAAGAAGAUGCAACACCAGACAAUCCAACAGAAGAACGAACUGAUCCACCACAAUUUGCAGAAACGUGUAUGAGAGAACUUGUUGGACGAGCAUCGUUUGGUCACAUUCGAUGUGUUAUUAGACCAGUGUUAAGACACUUAGAUAAUCAUCAAUUAUGGGUUCCCAAUUAUUUUGCAAUUCAUACGUUCAGAAUAAUUAUGUUUUCCAUUCAGUCUCAAUAUUCUUAUACAGUUGUAGAGGCACUAAUGAAUCAUCUUGAUGAUCAUUCGAAAUCAUCCCCGAAAAUUCGAACAAGUAUCGCAGAUACUUUAUCUAAAAUUAUUUCAAUCGCAGCCGGUGAAAGCGUUGGUCCUUCUGUUUUGGAAAUAAUAAAUUCCCUGCUAACACAUCUUCGAAUUAGUGUAACAAGAAAUCAGUCGUCUAGCAGUGAUGAACAAUUGUAUCAGGAAGCCCUUAUUAAUGGUUUGGGAGAAUUUGCAAAUCAUCUUCCGGAUUAUCAAAAGAUAGAAAUUAUGAUGUUUAUUAUGAGCAAAGUUCCAUACAGCCAACCAGAUCGUGCAGUUUCAGUUGGUAAAGGAGACGUAUUGCUCCAAAGCAUUCUUCUAAAAUCUCUUUUAAAAGUUGGCACAAAAUAUCAAACUAUACAUUUGAAUACGACAUUCCCACAGAGCUUUUUGGAACCAUUAUUAAGAAUGUCGCUCGCAGCAGACGCUGAAAUGCGACUUUUGGUACAAAAGAUUCUUCAUACUUUAAUCGACAGACAUUUAAACAUUAUGAAACUUGCAAAGCCUACAGUGAACAUCGCGCUUCUUGAUCUGACUAUUGAGAAAGCAUCCAGACCAGAUGUAAUUUUCAUUCGUAAACACGGCCCUGAAAUUUAUUUAGCGUUAUACGAAUCAUUAGAACUGGCGAGUAAUACAGUCGAGAAUGUGGAGUCUAUAUAUACAACAUUAGCCUUACUUGCUGUAGAAUUAGCUUCGGAAGAAACUGUGUUGGAACUAUUAAGAUUAGUAUUGAGUCUUCAAGAUUUAGCUUUAACAAGUGGCCAAAUCAGUAUUUCGCUCAAAUUUAACUUGCAUAGUAUUGUCAUCAGCUUAUUGGUAUUGAUUUCUUAUGUUUGUAAUAUUACUUCGCUCAUGGAUUAUACAAACAAAAUCGUGGAAGCACGUCGAAAAGAAGCACCACAUCUUUUACCCGAUUUGCAGUCCCAAUAUGAUCCAGGUUUAUUAUCUAGAUUAGCACCAGCUUUAUUAGUUGAUCAAACUGUUUUAAGCGAAUGUUUGAAAGGAGCAGGCCUCGAUAGUGGGAAACUGCAACAAGGAUCUGGUUACAGCAGUACUUCUUUACAACAUCGACAUUCAUGGGUUGAUAGUGCUGGACGAAAUUCGUUAGCUGACAUAAACUCAGGUGGUACAGAAUUAGAUAGUGGUGGCUCAUCCCCUGGAGUUCAAAAGAAGUUACCAGGCGAAGAGUUAACUUUCGAAAGCAUGAAGAGGAUCCUAACGGAGAAUAAUAAUAACCAUGUAAUGGAAGAAGAAAAACGAUUACAACUGUCGAACUUCUUUAGAAAUGCACCAUUCCAAGAUUUGGUGUCGAAAACUCAACCAAAGCAUGACGUUCUCCAAAGUAAAUUAUCAGAAAUAUUUAACACGUUAGCUGUCGAUCCUCGUAAUACAUCCCAACCAGGUGGUCCACCGACAGAUACCAAACCAAGUCAAGCGCCAGCUUAUGAAAUACAUUUCCCAGAAUUGUUUGUUUAUUAAACCAGUAUAUGCCUAUGUAAUUAUAGACAAGUUAUACGCUAUAGCAAUUAUUACAUGCCAACAAUAAUUUAUAUUAUUUAUAUAUUUAUAUGGAGUGUUCAUAGAAAUGUUCUUUUUACACAUAGUGCAUUUUGAUAACUUCAACGCGUAUACAGAAUUAUAACAUAAAUGUAUAUAUUUAUUUGUAGUUGCAUUGAAAGUAUGGACAACUAUCCUUACAACGGUUCAGUUUAACUAAUGUGUAAUAAGCAUUAUCUCGAUUUUUUUUACAUAAUUUGUAUAAAUACUUUAAGUAAAGCGGGAAGUGUAAUUCUCAAUUACAUAGUUGUAAUUUAUGAUAUUGCAUACUUAGUGACGCGCAAUUCGUGCUGUGUUUAUAUUUACGUGACCUGCAUAAAAUAACACUGCUGAUUAAUUUCGGCGUUGCUGACAUUACUGAUAAACCGACUACUAACACACCGAAAUAUUUUAUCGAGAAAACUUGCUUUGCUGCACAUCACUGACGUGAAUUGUACAAACUGUAUCAAAAUUGUAGAUGAUGAGGUUGUAAAAAUGUUAGAUAUUCAUAUACAUUGUAAUUAAAACAAAUCAAGCUUGUUCGAAACCGUUAAGCAUUUUCUCGGAGAAUAUAUGUUAAUUGUGGACUAAUAAAUACAUUCAGAAAUCAAAA